AUGCCACCAAAACGAAGAACUCUGCUGGGCAGAAGUACGUCAGCUGCGAAUAGAAUGGCAGCCUCAAGAGAUGCUGAGAGUCUAGAGCGCAGACAAACUCGGCUUGAUGAUCAACGUUCAAGACAAGCGGCUUCAAGAGACGCCUAGAGUCCAGAACAGACACGGACUCGAAUUGACGAUCAACGUGCAAGACAAGAUGCUUCUCGAGCAGCUGAGAGUCCAGAGCAGAGACAAACUCGGCUUGGCGACCAACGUGCAAGACAAGCUUCCUCAAGAGGCGCCGAGAGUUCGGAACAGAGACAAACUCGGCUUGGUAGUCUACGUGCAAGACAAGCGGCUUCAGGAGACGCCGAGAGUCCAGAGCAGACACGGAUUCGAAUUGACGAAUUAUCUAGACCGACAUCGGGUACUUCCGCUAAAACUCAUCAUCAUUUAAUGUCGCUUUUCGCCAUAUUAUUAAAUUCGACGGAGCUCGAAGGUGCAUUCGUCUUAUAUGCACAGAUUGUCUAUGUUUACGGAGAUCCAUAUUUGGACAACUCAUCUGAUGCACUAGCUUCGCUUUUGAGAAAAUCUGAUUCGUGUGAAUUCGAUAUUGAAUCAUAUUUGCAAGAAAGCGAUGUUAAAGAUGAUAAGCCAAUAAAACAAGAUUUUCUCGAUGAAACAGAUAUAACAAUGGAUCCCAUUAUUCAUCAAUCACUAUUCAUUGUCAAAGCAUGUGAUAACAUUCCAUAUCUCCGUCAAAUCAUUCAAAAAGAAGAACUUCAUAAAGAACCAAAUGAAUGGCAACGUCGUGCUCGAUCAAAUACAACAAAUGGUAAACAUAGAUUCUACUUUAAUGAUAAACUUGGUCAAACAAAUGCAUGCAAAUUAUCUAAAGGAAAAAUGAAUAAACAGAUAAUUGCAUUUGAUGACCGUUCAAUUCCAACAAAAAAACAUUCUCCUACAAAUAUGCCAGUCAAUUUCGACGGACCGCUAUCAGAUUCAUCACAUAAUUCAAUUAAUGAUCACUCACUUGGAUUUUCCAUCGUAUCGUCCAAUGCACUUAAGAAAAAAGAAGAAAAUACGUGUGAUUCCAAAGUGAUUUCACGAUCUUCAUCAUUAAUUAAUCUGAAUAGAUCACCAGCUAAAUUUUCUGAUUCGUCUUUCAAUAUUUUCUCGACUUUAUUAGCUGGUAAUGGUGUUAACGACCUCGAUAAUGUGUACUACAAAACUGAUGAACGACAUGAUGCGAAUGAUUAUGAUUGUGUUGUUGAUAAUACUAGUUUGUCUCAAGCAUUUUCUCCAAAGCGUUCAUAUCCGUCAUCUGAUAGCGGUUAUUCUAUGUCAAAGCGGAAACGCCAAAACGCCCAAAAAAUUGCGAUCAAAAAAAGUGAAAGUUUCGCCACCAAACUCAAUUGA